AUGGCAACUGCCUCGGUAUCGACACCUGUGAAGAGCCAUCAUGGCCUUUUCUCUUCCAAGACGGCGGGAGGCCGCAUGCCCCUGACCCCUUCUCCUCGUGCCUCUGGCCACUCCUCUCCCUUCACACCUCCUCGCCAGGAUGCUGGCAAGGGUUCAUCUCAGUCAGUCUAUGGAGGAAACCUAUCCUCGUACUUUGCGAAGUCAGUGUCAAAAACGUCUCGCACCUACCGGGACUCGCCCAAGUCCAACAUUGCUCGGACCCGCAAGUCUCCUAAGCACCUGGAGCUGGGUGUCUCGGACUGGACUCUGACCGGUACUGGUGCGGCCUCUACUCAAUCUCCCUCCAAGGAGCGCACGAGGAGGGAGGUUCCCACUCGGGCUCGUCCGGCAAAGACCACUGUUCGCAUUGCUCACAAUGCCGGUGAUCGAUUCAUUCCCAACCGUACCGCCAGUGAGGGACUCGCCACCACGGGUACCGCGAAGCCUGAAGAAAGCCAGCGGCCGAAGACCAGCGGCAGCGAAGGAUCGGCUGUCUUGGCUACUGCCGCCAGCGCAUUUGACAUUGGUGGACGUGGAUCGGACGACGAUCUCACUGCCGCCCUGGAGAACAUGGGCCUGGAAGACAAUGAGCCCUCAACCUACUCCCGCCCUUCUCCCGAUACGGUUGCCUACGAGUCAUCGCUGGCUGAUGCGUGUGGUGUGAACCUCAACACUCGUAUUCUUUCCUUCAAGCCACCACCACCGGAGUCGUCCAAGCCUAUCGACCUCCGUGCUCAGUACAACCGUCCUCUCAAGCCCUCCAAGUCUCAAUCUGCCCAAUUCCGUCGCCGUGUCCAGACCGCUCCCGAGCGGGUUCUGGAUGCUCCCGGUCUUCUGGAUGACUACUACUUGAACUUGUUGGACUGGAGCUCUGGCAACCAGGUCGCCAUUGGUCUCGAGCGCAAUGUGUACGUCUGGUCGGCGGAGUCCGGCUCUGUCAGCUCUCUUCUGGAGACAUCUCCCGAUACCUACGUGAGCAGUGUCAAGUGGAGCGGCGACGGUGCGUACGUUGGUGUUGGUCUGGGAACCGGCGAGGUUCAGAUCUGGGACGUCGAGGAAGGUACCAAGCUUCGCAGCAUGUACGGCCAUGACUCCCGCGUUGGCGUCAUGGGCUGGUCCAAGCACACUCUGUCCACCGGGGCUCGCAGCGGACUUGUCUACAAUCACGAUGUCCGCAUUGCUCAGCACAAAGUGGCGGAGCUCGUCUCCCACACCUCGGAGGUCUGUGGUCUGGAGUGGCGCCCCGACGGUGCCCAGCUGGCUACUGGCGGCAACGACAACCUGGUCAACAUCUGGGAUGCUCGCUCUCUCAGUGCCCCCAAGUUCACCAAGACCAACCACCGCGCUGCCGUCAAGGCCCUCAGCUGGUGCCCCUGGCAACUUAACCUGCUCGCCACCGGCGGCGGUUCCUACGACCGUCACAUCCACUUCUGGAACACCACCACCGGUGCCCGGACCAACAGCAUCGACACCGGCUCUCAGGUCACCAGCCUGCGCUGGAGCAACCACUACCGUGAGAUCGUCAGCUCCAGCGGCUUCCCUGACAACUCCCUGAGCAUCUGGAGCUACCCGACCUUGGUUCGCAACGUUGAAAUCCCGGCCCAUGAGACUCGAGUUUUGCACAGCAGCCUUAGCCCUGACGGUCAGAUGCUUGCUACCGCUGCCGCCGAUGAGAGUCUGAAGUUCUGGAAGGUCUUUGAGCGCAAGGCUGGCAGCAGCGCCUCAGCCGCUCGCGAGGGUGGUGUCGGAAGCAAGGCUCAGAUGACCAAGUCGAUGACCAUUCGGUAA